AUGGGCUUUCUUGGCAUCAUUCCAGCAUCCAAGCUCGCCGCUUUCUACGACCCCAAAACCCAACAACUGACUCUGUCAGCCGAAGGCACUGUGGAAGAAUACACAGGCAACUUCCGGUUUAGACAGGUUCCCUGGAUGGGCGGUUUCAAAUUCUAUCUCGAAGCCUGGACUGGCCCGCUAACUAGCCAUACUCAGCAUUACGCUUUUGAUCAGAGCUUCAAGCUCUCCAUGGUUCCAUUUCCUAAGGAUGUCAUCGUUGUCGAUGCAAACAAUCCCAAUGGAGUUCCAGUUGAAAUCCACUUUGGGGGUCAUAAUGACCCUGCAAGCAAGCCUACUUCUGCCGCACCGUCCAGCAGUGAUGGGAAGGCCGUCCAGGAACUUCCGGCUCCACCACAAGACACUAUUAAUGUCUUGUACAAGUGGCCGUUCGAAGUCCAGCACGCAGCGGAGGUCCCCAAAAUGGGCUUUAUCAAUAUAGACUUCGACAAGCGCUUCCUUGAAAUCGAGAGUGCUUCGAUUAACAAUGGACAAAUCGUCUGGAAAUUCAACUCCCUCGAAACCGGUGACACUCAAAUCAUCAUCAGUGUCAACGGUGGAACUGCCCAAUAUACCUAUCGAAUCGUCAAGGACGUCCGCAUCUUUGUGCUCCCUGAGAUCUUGGAGCCCGGCCCGGUGAUCACACAGGACAAGUGCGAAGCUGAGGCUGAAUCAGCCAUCCUUAGUUUUCUCGGUCGCGUCAAUAUUGCUCGUCGCAAGGUCCUGCAGCAUUACCCGGACGCCGUUUUGUACAAUGUCGAAGCUAGCACCACAGAGCGUCAGGGCGUCACUUCUCCCAAGGCCCUUGGACAUAUGAGGGUUAUGUUCCGCGUGGAGAAGGGUACAGUCACUAUCAAUUCUACUGGAUACGGUAGUUUUGGGGCAGCGGAGUUUAAAUCUGGCAGUAUUUUGGGUAAUGCAAACAUUGACUGGCCCGUGGGAAUGGAUGCAGACGAGGCAGAUCAGAUUCUGAAAAAAGAGGGCUUCAAAGGCCCUUAUACGGCUUUGAAUUUGAUGAAACCUUUGUACCCGGGUUUUACGGACGAUCUUUAUGGCUUUAGAAUGGUGGAUGGUAUUGACAAAUGGGUAAAUACUAAGACUAAGAAGCUGAUUACGGAGUGA